CCCCGAGCAGGGUUGGCUGUCCGCCUGUGCCAGUCUUCUCCUGCCCGUUCCCUUCUCUCUCCUUCCCUUGCCUCCCUUUAUCAGUCCGUCCGUCAGACCUCUACCCCCAGCCUCCGCCCCAGGGCCCUGCGGCCCGCCCUGCCUCACUCUGCGCCGUCUGGGCCCCCCACCCCCCGGAGAGUAGUGUCCCAGGUCCUGCCCGAGGCAGCGGGGCUUUAAACGCUGUAGAGCCGGGUAACUCCGGGUCUGCCGGGCGAUGUUCUUGCCCAGCUGGGUCCCGUCGCAGCCCCCAGCCCAGCCAGGACCCAGACCCGGGUGAGCCCGAACGAUUGGCGCGGACUGCCAGCCGGCGGGCUCCGAACUUCUCUGGGAGGGUCCAGCGGAUUCCUAGCAGGCUGCCGCCCCCUCGGAAGCGAGUCCCGGGCAGGUUCGGUUGGUGUCCAUCCCUUCGUCCCUCCCCUCCUCCCCGGCCUCCGUAGAACGGCCCUUCCUGGCUAGAUGCGCCGGGGUGCAGUUCACGGGACUACUCAGCUAGGAAAAGUCCACGUAUUUUCCCAUUCCUCCCUCCGCACUAAAGCAACAGCCUUUGAACAAAAAAGGGUGGUCCUUUAGGUGCCGGACCUCCGGAGUCCCGAGUCUUGAGGGCUGGGUAGAGCCAAGGGAAAGUCAUGGAAACAGCUGUGUGUCUAUUCAUGGAGAACCUGAGAGUUGACCUGGGGAAAGGAAACUGGAUUAUAACUAGCAAGAACCUUAAAGUCUUUAAGAAGGAGAAAAGGCAUUUACAAAGGGUUUAUUGUUGUAAAAGAUUGAAUUUCUAUUGAAGAACCUACUUAGUCCUUUAUAUUAAGAGAUUAUCAGCUUUAGAUAAGGUGGACUUUUGGACCAGCUCCUUACUUAAAAAUCAGAUGAACUAGUUCUGGAGCAGUUCGUCUAACUGAGGGAAAAGAUUAUCUCAUGCUGUAGACCUUUGAACUUGAGGGUCUGUCCAGGGAAAAAGGAAUGUUUUGGGUUGGGAAAGUGUGGGUGGAAACACGGUUUUGAUGCCUUGUCUUUUUUUUUUUGAGGAAUUUGACCCUUGUGCUUCUACAAAUCCCUAGCAACUGUGGAAGCAUGGGAUUCUUUACUUUUUCUGAAGUAUUACUUAGGGGUGCACAAAAUUUUUCUCCUUACACUUAGGACUAUUCAGAUUGAGGUAAACAUAGGAAAACAUUUUGGAUCAGGAGAUUGACUUCCAUUAUCCCAAAGGGAGACAGUGGUAAAAGUGAAUGGGGAAGUUGAGCAUUCUUGGUUUUUAAUGCCAGACCUUUAUGAGUACACUAAGCACUCUGUUAUCAGAUGAAUGGAAGAAAAAAAAACAAUAUAGUCGUAUUUGUUAAGAUUAAGAAUAUUUAAAAUUGUGGGGGAGCAUUUAGAGGGCUCCAAAAUGUUUCCCUAAGACAUUCAGGAUUUUUGGCUUUUUCUAGUAGGGCCUGGCCAAGUUCCAUUUGUUUUUGUACUAAUAUAAAACAUUAUUUGACUCAGCUGGUAUGUUUUAUAUUGUGCAGUUGUGUUAUGUUUCAGAAACUGCUUGUGUGAAUCAACUUUUUGGUCAUUUUUACCACUUAAAAUGCUAUACAGGCUCUAUUCACUCUAGUUUAUAGAAGAUAUGAAAUCAUACUCCAAUGAAGGAACUAAUCACACCUCAACAGUUUAUAAAAUCUGGAUUUUCUUAGGCAGAAGCAGUUGUGGGUUAGUAGAAAGAUUCCUAGAUUUGUAAUCAAGCUCUGCCAGCGGUGAAACUUUGAAAAAGUCACUUAAUCUCUCCUUUUCUCAGUUUUCUCAUCUGUGAAAUGCUACCAAAGACCUCAAAGGGGUUUGGAGAGUAUCAAAUGAGAUUAUAGAGAUGUUUUACAAAUUAUAAUGAACUAUGUAAAUUCCACUUUGUAGAUAUUAGGCUUGCUCCAAGUGAAAAGUGCCUGUAUUGUAUUUUUUCCUUUCUAGCAUUCAAAACACCCAAUGUCUCAGUUAAAGAACAAAUGUUCUUUAGAGAUGUUGUAACAAGAUACCAUUAACAAUAGGAUAGCUAGGGUUAUAACCAGGUAUUCUGCCUCUCAUCCCAGUAAGUAUUCUGAGGUAGUCAGUGAGUAUUUGGCCAGAAUUGCUUAAUUAUCGGAACCAGAAUCAUGUCAUAAUGUCAUUCUCAGUAUAUUCUAGGAGCACUUCCAGGGCCCCAAACAAGAUUGUACCAAAACAACCCAAAUAACAGGUGCACUGCCCUAUAGGAAAAAUGACCCCCCUCCCCCUUUUUUUUUGCCUUUCAGUAGUGUCUUUUCUACUUAAAUCAAUUGUAAUUAGUUUGGGGUUUCUGAGCAAUGGAUGGCAGUAUUAAGGGACUAAAAAUGUCCUAUACCUAAUAAAAAUGUAAGAACCUUGAGAACAAAACUGUAUCAGUACUUCAUAUUCCUGUACUAUGCUCUACUGAACUCUAAGUCUAGAGUUUGUUAAGCAAAACCAGCAGCUCCCUUAACUUCUGUUGGGCCAAAGAAAGUGAGAAGUGGAUCCUACCAUCUGCCCCUUUAUCAAGUGAACUCUGGAGCAGACCCUAUUGACCUUACUUAUGAAAUGGCUUCUGUUUGAUCUAAUCCUCAGGCUUGCAUUGGGCCUGGGACUUCAUUCCCCUGAGUGUGUUCAAUAAUCCUCAUGCACACUCCACUUCAGCUUCCCUUCUAACUUCACCUUUCUACCCUACCCUAACCCCCAGGACUUCAGUUCAAUCCUCUUUGCUUUUCUUGGGGGACAUUUUAAUUAACUUUCUUUGGGUUUUGACUGCCUACCCUGGAACAAGGUCUUUGAUUGUGAACCUUAGGUAAGGCCUGAUAGGCCAUGGGCGAGCAUUCUUAGUGAAGGAAGGGAAUGGUGUACCCCAAUUAUCCUGAGAACAGACUCCAAAACAAUAAAACUCCUUCUAGAUUCCAAGCUUCCUUAAGCCAUGGAUAGUGUUUCUUUACUGGUCUACAGGUUUUCUAAGCCAGUGAUUCUUGUCUUUUGUUUUUCCCAGGAUAGCUCUGAUAACCUUAAGGAGUAUUGCAAAAUUAAUUUGGAUUUAAACUUUAGAAAUAAACAUACUAUGUAGUCCCUCUUUGAAGUCUUAAAACUAGAAAAAUAUUAGGAGUCACAAUGCUACUCACCACUCCUCAGGAGAUCUGUGAAACUCCUUAUAAGUCAGACUUGGUCACAUGACCAAACUAAUAAUGAAUUCUCAUAUUGGCAUUAGGUUUGUCGAUAAGGAUCUGUCCCUUUGUUACACUUGAAUUUCUCAGGCUACACCUGACUUUGAUGUGACUUCUAAAACUUUCAGUGUCGAGCUGUUAAGCAACGUGGCUUUUACUUCCUGAAUCUUCAACACACAAAGAUCUUCCCUCCCUACUCAUCCUCAGUUAUGUGAGCUAUGACAUGGUACAUUAUGGGCAUUCAAACCAGCUGCGUCAGGCACGGGCCAUGGGAGAUUACCUUGUCGUAGGGGUCCACACUGAUGAGGAGAUUGCCAAGCACAAGGGCCCUCCUGUCUUCACUCAGGAGGAAAGAUACAAAAUGGUCCAGGCCAUCAAGUGGGUGGAUGAGAUUGUGCCUGGUGCUCCUUACGUCACUGCCCUGGAGACCCUGGACAAAUACAACUGUGAUUUCUGUGUUCAUGGCAAUGACAUCACCUUAACUGUGGAUGGACGGGACACCUAUGAAGAAGUGAAGAAGGCUGGAAGAUACAGAGAAUGUAAGCGAACCCAAGGAGUCUCUACUACUGAUCUAGUUGGCCGGAUGCUGCUCAUGACCAAAGCUCAUCACAGCAGCCGAGAAUUGCCCUCAGAAUACCGGGAAUACACCGACAGCUUUGGCAAGCCCCUUCACCUAGUACCUGCUGGAGCAGGUAUUUGCCCAGAAGGCUUCUCCCAGUGCCCAAGGAGCCACAGCCCAUGGACUGGAGUGUCACAGUUUUUACAGACAUCCCAGAAGAUCAUCCAGUUUGCUUCUGGGAAGGAGCCUGAGCCAGGAGAUACCAUCAUCUAUGUGGCUGGGGCCUUUGACCUGUUCCAUAUUGGGCAUGUGUCUUUUCUGGAGAAGGUCUACCAGCUUGCAGAACGACCCUACAUCAUUGCAGGCUUACAUUUUGACCAGGAGGUGAAUCACUACAAGGGAAAGAACUACCCCAUCAUGAAUGUGCAUGAGAGAACUCUAAGUGUGUUGGCCUGCAGGUAUGUGGCUGAGGUGGUGAUUGGAGCUCCCUAUGCUGUCACAGCUGACCUUCUGGAUCACUUCAAGGUAGACCUAGUGUGUCACGGGAAGACCGAAGUGAUUCCUGAUAAGGACGGUUCGGAUCCCUAUGAGGAACCCAAGAGAAGGGGGAUCUUCCAUCAGAUUGAUAGUGGUAAUGACCUUACCACAGACCUCAUUGUACAGAGAAUUAUUAAAAACAGCAGAUUAGAGUAUGAAGCAAGAAAUCAAAAGAAAGAAGCACGAGAGCUAGCUGCCCUGGAGGCCAUAAAAAAACAGGAGACAAUGACAAUGACCGAAGGGGCAGGAGUGCAAGUGGAGCGAUCCUAGGAGGCCUAAUCACAAACCAGCCGGAGCAGCAUACGUCCCUCCAUUCCACCUGCCUUCAUCCUAAACUGGAGGUUUGCCUGAGGGCCUGCCUUCCCCUUUGCUCUCCUCACCUUCUCUUGCCCUUCUGAUUUUAGAAUGUCAUACCCACCGUUUUAAUGAAGCUGAGGCCCCCUUUUUAACUUACCCUGACUUUGGAGUAACUGUUGGAACCUUAUACAACCAGGCCAGCCGGAGCUGCCUGGUACUGGCAGAAAUGAACACUUGGUACUAUGUUCUCCUGUUUUUUUGGAGACUUUGUAUUCCCUAAUAAUGCUUUUCUGCUUAGGCUCUACUGAUCUGACUUUUAGGAAAACAGACCCCGCUGGCACUAUGAGCCUGUGAAAUCCACCUGGGAGGGAGGGGUGUCUACAUCAGGUCUUUGGCAGGAGCCAUGAGCAGACUCUGGCUGCUCUUAAUCCUGGCUUCCCUUUGCUUGGCACUGGCCACCCCAAGUGAAAUGAGCUGAAACAUUUGUGGGAUAGGAGAAGGAUGUAAGUCCCAGCUGCCAUGUGGCUCUCAUGACAUUAAGCACAACCCUAGGGCUUAUGAAGCGCCUUCUUUCACUGUCCCCUACAGGCUGGGUAACCCCUGGUGAAACUUGCUUCCUGGCAAUUCAGGGAGAGCAAGAGAGUCAGCCAUACAAGAAGGGGAAUGAUCCAAAUGGUGACCUCCCAUAAUUUAUUAGAAGGGGGCUCACACCUCCCCAGAUUUCCCUCCUCAAUUUCCAUCUUUUUUUUCACGCAAGUUAUAUUCCAAAGCUUCCUGCCUGCAGCCUAAGCUCCAGGACCUUUCAUGUUCACCUCCAGCUUUGCUGCCCAGGGCUCCAUUUUCCUCCCCUAACCUUGCUGCUCCCUGUGUAGACUUUGUAUUCUGAUUUUUGUAUCAAACUUACUGUUGUAAAUUUCUGUCAGUGGAACUUAAUAAAUAUGAUAGGGAUGCAUGAUCCACUAAGCAUUCCCACAGUAUCCCUGUCCUGGAUAAAGAAAGAAAAA